CGCCCAACCUUAAACGUCAUCUAGCGAAAAGUGACGACCAGCUAAAGAAAGCUUACCAUAGGGAAGUCAUAAUUCCUCUUUAACACGUACGUUCAAAAGAAGCUCCUUUGUUUUUGUUAACAUCAUCUGGAUCGGCUGACGACAUGAGUUAGUCUUGGCAGGUCAUUACACUGGGAUUACCUCGGUGAAAAUGGAGCGAGAGUUUGAGGACAUAGAGUCGGAGGGCCGGUGGCACAAAUUGUACAUGGAAAUCCGAUGUCAGUCACAUGAGUGCUCCUAUAAAGUAGCCAAGUAUCCUGAGAAUCGCAGCCGCAACAGAUACAGAGACGUCAGCCCAUUUGACCAUAGUCGUGUGAAGCUGAAAAGCGCAGACAACGACUACAUCAACGCCAGCCUGGUGGUGAUGGAGGAAGCACAGAGACGAUACAUAUUGACUCAGGGUCCCCUCAGGAACACGUGUGGCCACUUCUGGCUCAUGAUCUGGGAGCAAAAGACCAAAGCCAUUGUUAUGCUUAAUCGGGUGAUUGAGAAAGGCUCGGAAAAGUGCGCUCAGUACUGGCCUGUGAGCGAGGAGCGUGAGAUGGCUUUCAAAGACACGCGGUUCUUGGUCACGCGGCUGUCAGAAGACGUCAAGUCUUGCUACACCACCAGAGUGUUGGAGCUGCAGAACAUUAGCACUGGGGAGAAGCGGGAGAUCCACCACUUUCACUACACAUCAUGGCCCGACUUCGGCGUGCCCGAGUCACCUGCGUCUUUCCUCAACUUCCUGCUAAAGGUGCGCGAGUCAGGGGCACUGGGGGCAGACAACGGCCCAGCCGUGGUGCACUGCAGCGCGGGCAUCGGACGCUCGGGGACUUUCUCGCUGGUGGACACGUGUCUCGUGCUGAUGGAGAGAAGGAAAGAAGAGUCGCCAUUGGACAUCCGCAGGAUCCUGUUAGACAUGCGGAAGUACCGCAUGGGUCUCAUACAGACACCUGACCAGCUGCGCUUCUCCUUCAUGGCUGUCCUUGAGGGAGCAAAGUGCAUCAUGGGAGACUCGUCCGCGCAGACUCAGUGGCGAGAGUCGGCCCGGGAAGACCAGGAGCCCACCGCCGACCCGCCGGAGAAAUGCAACGGCGGCCAGCGGGCGGGACCGCCUGGCAAGGAAGACGAGAGGCCGAGCCAGUCGCCUGACCAGGACAACAACACACACAAACGACGCAGGGAUGACAGUUUCUCCAUAGCUCAAAGCCAAAGGAUCAACGACGCCGACAGAAAGCGGAAAAGAACAAAGACCAGCGACUUCUGACACAGCUCCACUAAUCCAGCUGCCAUCAACGAGAGAAAGAAAAAAAAAAUCGGCAGGGAAAACACCAACCUCUCUGUUCUGCUUAUUCUUCGCCAGCACCUCAUGUUCCUCGUCCUCUCCAAACUGUUUACAACACACGGCCACUCAAAAAAAAGAAAGAAAAAUAAAUCACACCAGCAUUUCUUCAAAUGUUUUUUUUGCAGCAAUUGUCAUACGUUUAUACAGACUGAUAUAAGACCUAUGCAUUGACAGGUUCUAAUUGUUCAGAUGUGUAUUUUUGGGUAGGAGAACUUUUUUGAUAAAAAUGUUCUAUUUUUUUUAUAUUAAAAAAUGUACCUCAAAUGAAGUAAAGGCAACGGCAUGUACAAUUGUACAUUUUUCUUUUCUUAAAAGUUUGCGAUGCAGUAUAUAUUAGAAGUAUGUUGUGCAACAUUUAAACCCAGAGUUUCAUGAAAAAAGUAAAGGCAAUGAUUUUUUUUCCUACGUUCUCCUAAUAAAAAACAGUUAUGUAAUUUACAUAA